AUGAACGGCACAGGCACCGCGGGCGCGGGACCGCAGAGGAAGUCGACGGGGAACGAGAUGAGCGAGAAGCUGCUGCAGGGCUGGGCGAUGCUCGCCAUGCACUGCCCCGUGUGCUUCAACCCCAUCCUCCGGAGCAGGGCGGGAGAGAAACGGUGCGUCGUUUGUGAUCUGCCCGUCAUAGAGGAGGCUGAUGCCCCGCCCCAACUGACGUCAGCAGCGCCACAAGAGCCAGCUCAGCAGCAGCAGGGAGGAAGGACCGAGGAAGGUGCGACAGGCUGGGAGAAGGAGGAAGAAGCAGAGAGGGAAAAGAGCAGAGGUCAGAGAGAAGGAGGGGUGGAGAGGGCAGACGUGGAUGGGCUUGUAUCAGGGACGCCAUUAGAGAGGACGACUGGAGGGCAGCAAAGACAAGAUUUGCUGCCCAUCGGCACAGUACCUGCUGCAACGCCUGGCACGGCAGCAGCAGCAGCAGCUGCCACUGCCGUUCCCUCGGCUGCCGGAGUAACGGCGAGUUGCCCUGUCGCUCCCCUCCUGCCACCCUCAACUUCGCACCCCGCCUCUCUGCCUGCCCCCGGCACAUUGCCCCACAAACCGGACACAUCUUCCUCCCCACGGGACGCGUCUAUGAGUGCGUUGAACGCAGCAGCUAACGACGCCCUUAUUGGCGCUCUGCGGGCCGUUGUCACGCAACUGCAGAGAGCUCAACGAGCUCUGGAUUCCGCCUCCGACUUACAGCAGACGCAUCAGGUCGGUGUGCUGAGUCACCAGCAGGUGUGUACCAUUUCAGAGUGUGCAGUGCGCACAUGUGGCCAUCUCAUGUCACUCAAAAUCUCCAACCUUGACCUUCCCAUCUUCUGCCCAUCUCCCCUCCAUCUUCCCGCCUUGCUCUCAUGCCCGCAGCUGCUGGUCAUCAUAUCGGAGUGUGCGCGCGCUAUCAAGGAGAGACUUUAG